GAACGCACUAUGCAAAGUUAACAGGAUUCAAACACGCACUGUGCGGCAUAUAGGUAUCGCCUCAGCGCACUUUUGUCGUGGGGAUAUAGGGCAUUCGGGUAUCAACACUGACAUAAACAUAUUCCUGAAAUCAUUCCAAAGCGGAGUUAUGUCGACAGUCGUUCCACUUAAACUGUCUGAGUUCAACAUUUCUGACUGCACGGGUUUUCUUAUCGAAGAUCCCUUGGAAAGAUUACCAGAACCAUUUGAAGUAUGGCAUAAGUUGGCCAAAUCAUUACCAGAAUUGGUCAAGAAGGGAGUGUUCCGAGAUGCAGUCGACGAGCUUCCUAUCCUAGAUAGUUCCGUGUUGAAGGACGAGCGACAACAACGCUUGGCUCAUCUCCAACUCUCUGUUAUUGCUUCCGGAUAUGUCUGGCAGGACGAGAACGUACCAAAGAAACUCCCAGUUUGUGUGGCAAUACCACUUUGGAACGUCUCAGAAACUCUUGGUGUAAAGCCUGUCGUCAGUCACCCAGGAUUGUUUCUAGCUAACUGGCAGCGUAAAGAUACAUCAGAAUUACCGUCGCUUAGUAACAUGCGUUGUCUGUACAGUCUUCCAGGAGGAGAAGAUGCGGAUUGGUUUCUUAUAAUUACCAAUGCCGUUGAGUUGGAGUUUGCACCAGCUCUUAAGUGCAUUGUAAAUGGCGCUUACUCUAUGGAUAUUGGGGACAUGGAUGGUCUGGCAUCGGAACUCAUUGGAAUACGAGAUGCUCUUGUAAAUAUGAAGGAAACCUUCACUAAUAUACACGAUAAAGUUAGCCCAGCAGCUUUCUACAACGAUUUACGUCCUUUUCUAGGAGGAUGGGGUAAGGAAGGGUCUGCUUUACCAGAUGGUCUGUUGUUUGAGGGUGUCAGUGAUGUGCCUGUCAAAUGCAUUGGUGACACUGGGGCUCAAACAUCGAUAUUUGCCUGCCUGGAUGCCUUCUUGGGCAUACAGCACUCACAACCAGAAUCCAAAACAUUCCUCCUGCUAAUGAAGGACUACAUGGUACGUGAACACAGAAUGUUUGUUGAAGCCUUGGAGAAACGACCGUCCACUCGGGAAUUUGUAGUGUCUAGCUGUGAUGAAAAGUUAAAGGGCGCCUAUAAUGACUGUUUGACUGCGGCUGCAGAUUUCCGAAGCUUCCACAUCCAAGUUGUAGCCAAAUAUAUUGUGUCAAUGGCAAAUAAGGAUCAGCAGGACAGUAAGGAGAAAUCAGAAGAUAAAGGCACCGGAGGAACAAAUGUCAUGCCGUUUUUGAAGGGUUUAAGGACUGAAACUAAAGACAGCGUCAUAACGAAGUGAUAAUGCUUAUGGAUCGGUUCCAGGAUGUUUUGUUUCGGGAAAGGCAACAAAUGCAAAGUGGCAAAUAGCGGUCGUUGUCAGAAAUAAAGCUGUGGACUGGAUUGCUUGCGAUAUAGUGACGUGGAUUAUCUGUGCAACCAUCAGUCCGAUUUGUCAUGUAUAUAAUAAUUCACUAA